AGACAAGGAAGUCAUUCACUUGCUGGAGGAGUCACCAUGAGCUGCCUGCUGGAGCCUUCUCCGACAGACCAUUCUGAUACAAUAGAGGAAUGCUACAUAAUGUUCCAUCUGUGAUGUUUCGCACAUGCCCACAAGCACUGCUGGUGUAUAACCAUGCUGAAAGAUAUCCAAAUCACAGAGCAACCAGUGUGUGCCUGUGUUCCCCUGGACUUCCCCCUCACCCUGCACUGCAAGGCCCAGGGCCCUACCAAGUUGUGUUACCAAUGGUUUAUGCAGCGGGAGUCCACUUGUCGGGAAAUUCCAGGAGCCACUCUGCCAGACCUGCACAUCCAUGCCAGGCAAACAAACUUGUACAUCUGUAGAGUGAAUGACAAAAAUCGACGCAUUUUAUUCAGCAAUUGGGUGAAGGUGAAAGUACUGAAAGACAUUCCUUUUGGGGCGAUUCCUCCUGACUGGAAUGGUAAACCCAUUAUUGUUACUGAACCAGUCUCUGCACAUUUGACAUCCCGUGAUGCAGCGCGCCUUUGCUGCUAUGCUAUGGGACUUCCUGCCCCUGAAUACCAGUGGUACCACAAUGGGCUGUGCUUGCCCCAUAGAAGAGAGAAGGAAAUCAAGAUCAAAUCAGUGAGACAAAAGGAUAGUGGAAGCUAUCUAUGCCAUGUGUCAAAUGUCCAUGGAGAAAUGUGGAGUGAACCAGCUGAACUCACAAUAGAAGAUGACAUCAUUUUGCAAGCAUCUCCACAGCCUUCAGUAUGUCCAGGACUAACUCCUAGACAUAGGUACUUUGCGACUGGAAAGGUGGCACUAUUAAUCGGGAACAACGGUUAUCUAAAUCACGCCAAUCUGCUCGCCCCUAUGGUGGAUGUGUUUGAGCUGUCUGUCCUUCUCAGAAGACUAGGCUUCUGUGUAAUAUCGCUCAUAGACCUGACACAAGAAGAAAUGGUGCUAUCCAUCAGACAGUUUCUGCAGCUUCUGGAGAAAGGUGUUUAUGGACUCUUUUAUUACGCUGGCCAUGGAUAUGAGUGCUCAGGGAGAAACUAUAUGGUACCCAUUGAUGCUCCUCAGCCCUACAGACCUGAAAACUGCAUCAGUGUACAGAGAAUAUUACAGCAGAUGCAAGAUCGAAAGACAGCCUUGAACGUGGUUCUCCUGGACACCUGUAGGAAGUGGUACAACUCAGAUUGUGCUUUAUCCAAAGUGAUUCCGCUCAAACCAUGGGGCAACACAGUCUAUGGUUAUGCCACAAGUGAAAAUGCAGAGGCAUAUGAAGUUCAGGAUGAGGCAUUCAGCUCUGGGAUCUUUAUGACGUAUCUCAAGAAGCACAUUCUGAAAGAACAGAAGGUUACACAAAUGCUAGAUGAGGUCCUUGAAGAUAUUGGCAGAGAUCCUUUGGUAACCGGCAAACAAGUUAUGGAAAUCAGACACUCUCUGAAAGAGUCUCGGGCUCUGACGGACAAGAUCUGCUUCUCAGGAAGUGUGCAACUGAACAGGACUGUGUGGGACCAGCGCACUAAAAUCCCAAAACAAGUGGUAAAGUUCUCAUGUGGAGUUGAAGUAGAACUGAGGUUCAAAGUUGUGUUCUCAAAUCUCAUCCACGCUUUUGCAAAACGGACUCGGAUCCCUCCUCAUUUAUCCGAUGUCAGAAUUAUUCUCUACAAUCCUACAGAUUCUGCGGAAUUCUCAAACAAUAGACUCGACCCAGCAGAUUCGCUGCUGACCAUGGAGGAUGAUGGAGAGGAAGUGGAUUAUAUGCUCAGGCUUUGUAGCCUUCAGAAAUACAAGAAUAACAUAAUUAUUAACAUUGACCUGCAUUGCACAAUCCUGGACACUGGAGAAAGAGUUCAGGAGACUUUAGAGGAAAUAAUUCCCAUACCGUGGAUAGCUAGAUUGCUCAACAACAGAAACACGUAUGUGGAAAGAAAUCAGACUAAUCGAGCUGCUGUCAAAGCCAGUAUUCCAAGCUUGCAAAGUCAGCUGGACAGCAUGUCCAUAGACAAAGAACCUCCACCAGCACAUCAUCUUCCAAAUGCUGUUGAAACUCCUUGUAGCAGCCAAUCUAAAUCAAGCAGUGAACCAGAGGAAAAUGAUGAAGGAGACAUAUUGCCCGUCUUGUGAACAUCUUUUGGGUAUGGCCACAUGUACCGAGUCUGCUGCAGAUAUUCCCCUGUGGAUUUCUUUUGGGUAUGGCCACAUGUAGCGAGUCUGCUCCAUAUAUUCCCCUGUGGAUUUCUUUUUGGUAUGGCCACAUGUACCGAGUCUGCUGCAGAUAUUCCCCUGUGGAUUUCUUUUGGGUAUGGCCACAUGUAGCGAGUCUGCUCCAUAUAUUCCCCUGUGGAUUUCUUUUGGGUAUGGCCACAUGUAGCGAGUCUGCUCCAGAUAUUCCCCUGUGAACAUCUUUUGGGUAUGGCCACAUGUAGCGAGUCUGCUGCAGAUAUUCCCCUUUGGAUUUCUUUUUGGUAUGGCCACAUGUACCGAGUCUGCUGCAGAUAUUCCCCUGUGGAUUUCUUUUGGGUAUGGCCACAUGUAGCGAGUCUGCUCCAUAUAUUCCCCUGUGGAUUUCCAUGUGGAGACUCUGCAGAUUUGCCAGAGAUUUCAUCCUCUGUAUCGCAGAAGGUGAAAUCCGCAGCAGAUAUGCGCAGACAUAAAUUGAUGUGCUUUAGAUAUAGGGUGCUUUCACAUGCGACAUAUUUUUUUUCAGAAAAUUUCAGCGACUGAAAAUCACUUCUGUUCAUCUGAAAGGGGCUUGCAGAAAUCUAUGUUCUGGCUUCCAACCCAUUCAGGUGAAUUAAACAGAUUUUCGGUCAAAGAAAUGUUCUGCAACAAAAUCUGCAGCAUGUAAAAUGUACCCUUAAAUGUACUUUUGCAGUGCGUGGAUGAAAUUUUUUAACAUCAUCCAUUUUGCUGCUACUGUAAAUGUUGUGGAUUCUCCGCAUGCAGUUCUCAAAGAAGAAGGCAUGGUAAAAUGAAUAAUCAGGUGCUCAUAUUCCUAAAGGAAAGUAGGCAUAGCAGCAUUCUUUCUAUAAUCUAUACAUCAACUAAUAUACAAUUAAACAUGAUGUGCUUAGCAAAUAUACUUUGAGGGGGCCUCAAUAUGGAUGGGAACCUAACUCUAUACCGUAUCUCUAUACCAUACAUCGGCAUCUAAAUUCAAAGCGAGCGGAAUCCACAUGCACACUGUGACUGCUACAAUUGUUACCUCUCUGGUCCAUGAUGUGUUGCGUCACUGUCCCAAUGUUGGUUGCUAUUGCUGACCCAUCCUUUCCACAGGCUGUUUUUAAUUAGGCGAUGUGUAUAGCUGUGCCUGCUGUCCCUGUUCAUAGAAGGGUUGCUGGCACAGAGUGACACAACAGAUCAUGGCCUGCUCACCCAAAGAGGUAACAAUUGUAGCAGUUACAGUGUUAUGCGAGUUCCACUCUUCUUGAAUUUAGUCGCCCAUGUACAACAUAGAAAUAGGUAUAGAGUUAGGUUCCAAUCUAUAUUGAUUUCACCUUGGUGUGAUGGAUGGGCACAGAUGUUUUUUGAUGAAAAUAUAUUUGUUAGGCAUCUCAUGUUUAAUUGAAUAUUAGAUGUGGUGUCUUUAUUGUGUUUGCUUGCUAAAACAAGAAGCUCAAAGGCUAAAUCUUCCAUUUAACUAGUCAGGCUAGAUGGUGUAACAGUAGUGAAGGGGGGGGGGGUUAAUUUUGAUAUCUGUCCCCACACUAAUACAGACAAAUCUUCCACCUGUUAAUACCCUAUAAAGCAGGGAUGGCCAACCUGCGGCUCUCCAGCUGUUGCAAAACUACAACUCCCAGCAUGCCUAGACUGCCUACAGCUAUCAGCCU